CUGAAAAAGUGAUUGCUAGUGAACGCAACGAGCAGAAAAAAUAAAUAAAAAAUAUAGAAAAAUGCGUGUGUUGCUGCUCCUUUUGGUCUCGGCUUUUGUCCUGAGUUCGGCAAGCUUACUGCCCCCAAAACUGGAGACUUCCGAGGUGGCGGACAUCAGUCAGGAAUCCGAGAAUAACAAGCUGGAGAGCGUGGAGUCCAAUGAAUCCGUAGCAUCAGCCAAGGAUGACAGCCAUUCUUCUGAGGAGCCUAAGGAUGCCAUGAACGAAGUUAAGAAAAAUGAAUCUUUGGAGGAAUCUUCAUCGGAGGAGGAGAAGACAUCAAACAUUCAUAGAAGGCGCAGAUCGGCUGACAGUGUUAGAUACAGGAACCUAAAUCUUUUAGCCACUAUUUGCCCAUACCGUGAUACAACCGUAUUGGAGGAGACCACUAUUUUAGAUUCCCGCAUUGAAAUAACAGAAAUGUAUGCAAUUUGUAAAGAUCUUCCAAAAAACAGUGGAUUAGGUGGGAAAUACUAGUCACAAGCGAAAAUAAUAAAGUCGAAAGAAAUACAAAA